GACACGUGAGAAAAGAAUUGAUGGUGUUGAUGGUGGCAAUGACAGUGGUGGGCUCCCAAAUGAUUCCUCAUGCAUUUCUCCAGUUUUCUUCUUUAUUUGCUAAUAAUCCCUCAGCAAGGAUCAUCAAGUCAGGUGACAAGAUUACCAUAUCAGCAGCCACUUUCAAAGUCAGAACAUAGCAAAGAUCUCUAGAUUGGGCUGUUAUGUGGGACAAGAUUUCCCUUUUCCCAGAUUAAGCAGCCAGACCAAAUGGUACUCAGGGACCCUGCCAGGCUUUUUCUCGCCCCAUAGGGGAGGUGGCUACAGACCAGCCCUGAGAGAUGGUGAACAGGGCUGGCAGCAGCAGCAGGAGUCAUGCCUGGGCCCUGCUGGAUGGAAAAGGAGAGGGCAGAGCCUGGACUCCAUGGAGCACUGUGGAGGAGGCCUGAGAGUCUCAAACUGAGUGCUCUAUCCUUAGCUUGGUCAGACUGGCUAACGGCUUCUGUGACUUCAGCCCCAGUAUCUGGAGUCUAGGAUUAAAGACAAGGUUGUACCACCGGACCAGUCAACUUCCACCUCGCAGAACUUGCACUUGCAUGGCAGAGAGUUGCUUUUUGGUAUCUGACUGAUGGCCCAUGCCUUUGGGGCAAGAAUCAGAACUGCAGUAACACAGACUCCAUAUCCCCUGGGAGACUGUGCUCCACACUGGACAAGACCGAUGUAAACAGAUACCCUCUGUGCCUGGAGGGCUUGGUAGUGGUUUGUUGUUCAGUUGCUCAGUCAUGUUUGACUCUUUGUGACCCCAUGGACUGCUCCUCUGUCCAUGGGAUUCUCCAGGCAAGAAUACCGGAGUGGGUUGCCAUUUCCUCCUCCAGGGGAUCUUCCCCACCCAGGGAUCGAACCUGUAUCCCCUGCACUGGCAGGCGGAUUCUUUACCACUGAGCCACCUGGGCAGCCGGACUUGGUACCUCCGUGAUAAAGAGGGACAUGAAGCGUGUGGGAAAGGCAUGAAGAGUCAUGAAGUCCAGUAUGGCUGAUGGGAGAGAUCCGCGUUUUGUGCUGGCGUGGCUUUCUUUGUCCAUGUGGGGGUUUCGAUCCUCGGACUGGGCUUCUGGAAAGAGCGAGCCAGGAGGAGGAUUCUGAAGGUGGGUGAGACAGGAUGGAAUUUGCAUUCCGAGAUUACUGGCCUUUAAUUUCUGCAAUCAGCUCGCGGCUCUGCCGCAAAAAAGCCGCAGGACAAAGCCGAGCCGGCCGCGAAGUGGGUUAGGGCGUUAUAUAAGCCCCGGCGGGAGGGGAGACAGCCCUCUCCGCGCUCCGCAGGCGGAUGCAGAGCGCGGGUGACCGCGGGCGGGCGGGGGCCGCGCUGACGCCGGGCUGCUCGCGUCGCCAUGGAGACGGGCGGGCGCGGCGCGGCUGUCAGCGGCGGGCGCGCGGCCGCGGGGGGCUGCGGGAGGAAGGCGCGGGCCGCGGCCGGGACCCUCGCGGUAGAGAUGGACUUGCAUUGUGAUCGCGCCGCCGAGCCGCCGGCCGCCGAGCCGCCGUCGGGGAAGAUCAACAAGGCCGCCUUUAAACUGUUCAAGAAGAGGAAGCCGGGCGGCGCGAUGCCCAGCAUCUUCGGGGUCAAACACAAAGGGGACGGCAAGGGCGCGGGGCCGGCGGGGCUGGUGCGCAGCCGGACGCACGACGGGCUGGCCGAGGCUCUGGCGCUGGAGGGCGGCCGCCGCGAGGAGCCGCGCGCGGGCGGCGGGGACGGGGCGCGGCCGGGCCCCGCGGCCCCCCGGGCGGCCCCGGGAGGCGCGGGCCCGGCGGCCGGCGGCUCGGUGGCCAAGUCUCACAGCUUCUUCUCGCUCCUGCGGAAGAACGGGCGGCCCGAGAGCGGCGGGGCGGAGCAGGCCGAUGCGGGCAAGGCCGGUGGCAGACAAAAGCGGGGGCUGCGGGGGCUCCUGGGCGGCGUGCGCUGGCGCAGGAAGGACCGGCGGCCCCAGGACUCGGCGCCGGCGGGGCGCGCGGGGGCUCCGGGCGGCCUGGCGCGGCCGGGCUCGCUCACCGCCAGCCUGGAGUGCGUCAAGGAGGAGGCGCCCGCGGCCGCACGCCAGCCGGAGCCAGCAGGCUGCGGAGAUAUUAUCGCAGACCCCGAGGACGAGGCCGGGCCCGGCUGUGCCAAGCACGCCCCCGGGCCGGGCCAGCCGGGCCCCGCCACAAAGCCGCCGGGCGUGGUGGCCUACCAGGGAGGCGGGGAGGAGAUGGCGAGCCCGGCCGAGGCGGACGACUCGUACCUGCAGGAGUUCUGGGACAUGCUGUCCCAGACCGAGGACCAGGGAGAGGGGCCCCAGGGAGGAGCGGCCCCGGCGGCGGCGGCGGCUUCCGACGCGCAGGUGGCUCCAGAGACCCCCAAAGAAGCCAGGUGUGCGGAAGUGACCAAGGACGCGUCCUCGGUCAAGCGCCGGAGGCUUCACCGGGUCCCCACGGAGCUCCCCCCGAAGGAAGAGCCCAAGCACCCGGACAAGGAGCCGCAGGAAGGCGUCCCCAACAGCGACGAGGGCUACUGGGAUUCCCCCACCCCCAGGCCGGAGGAGGACGGCGGCGCGAGGAAGACGGGCCUCCCCAGGGACAGCGACAGCGGCGACGCGCUCCACGAGCCCUGCGCCGCCGAGCCGGAUCGAAGCCCCGCGGCCCUGCCCGCCGCCCCCACUGCCAGCGAGGAGACAUCCUGCUCGUCCCGGUUAAAGCCCGUGUCUCCGGUCACCAUCACCUGCCCCCUGCGAACGCCGGGGAGCCUGCUGAAGGACUCCAAGAUCCCGGUCAGCAUCAAGCAUCUGGCAAACCUGCCAUCCAGCCACCCGGUGGUGCACCAGCCACCAGCCAGGAGCGAGCUGCCCAGAACCAAAAUCCCGGUGUCCAAGGUGCUGGUCCGCCGGGUCAGCAGCCGGGGCUUGGCUGGGACCACCCUCCGGGCCGCGGCGUGCCACGAUAGUGCCAAAAAGUUGUGAGGUCUCCGAGGCCGAGGUGGAGGGGCCGCAUGUCGAGGAAUACAACUUUGUCUGGAAACUGCUAGGACAAAUGUUGCAUCCCCAGAGAAAGGCCUUGCCGACAGUCUCCACUCAGAGCCUGGACCCAGGAGCUCUGCCCCCAGGCAGGGGAAUGCUGCACAACGGGAUUCCCCCUUCAGAUAAUUCCCUGAGGAUUCUUUUCAAGCACUUUUUUUCCCUUUUUUUAACCUUUUUAAAAAUCCUCCCCCCCCCCACUUUCUUUUUUUUCUUUAUUGCACCGAACGUUCGGAAGUCACCUUUACUUGCCUUUGCAGAAAAUAAGACAACCCAACCUAAGGAAGCAUCAUGCCAUGAUAUUUGGCUGUGUCACCAUCCAGCGGGCCUCCAGGAACCAUCUGAAGAACCAGAGAGGAGCCCUCCUCUUCCUGACACUUUACUUCCUUAUUUUCCUUUUCCUUUCCAGGGAAAAAAAAGAAAAAACAAAAAAACAAAAAAACACCCUUUGCUGUAUCACUGUGUGGGAAACACCUACAAAGCUGAAAGAGCCAGGUACUUACCCGAUGAGCAGAGGCAGGACUGAUGGGCAGAAAACCUGCUGUACUUUCAGUUGCUAGGUAUGCAAAUAGAUAUAUAUCUACCACUAAAUGAUCACAGAGUUUGGGUUUGGUGGGUUUAUUUAGAUCAUUUGUUUGGGGAGAAAUAAAAACCUCAGCAGAGCAGGGUUUGUUUUUUUUUUCCUCUCUCUCUCUUUUUUUAUUUCCCCACCCAGUGCAGAGAUGAGGACCAGGGCAAGAUUUCACUAAAUGCCAACAGACACAGUGUUUUAGCAUUUAUGAACUGUAACCUUUUCAUGUGUAGAUAACGCAUCUUUUACAGAUUAUCCAGCUGUUAACCUUUUAUAAUCUGUCAGUAACCUCCAGUUUAAAAUCUGGUUUUAUAGGUAGACACCGUAACCGCUCCCAAACCAUUGAUGUUCUUUUAUGUACUGUAAACAGAAGCAGUUCUCUUUUUGUUUUAUAAGGGUUCUCUGCCUUUCAGUGUAGGGGAAAAAAAAAAAUCUAUUGUGUUGAUGUCCCAAAGGAAUGCCUUGUCUUGGGUAAAAGUCUGUUUCUCACCCUGGACCCUGGUUUUCAGAGAUUUUUACCUUGGUUAUAAAAAUUUCGGAUUCAACCGUGUCUCAGUAUGAGGAGUCCAAAACGAGGAACACGUAAAGAAAAACAAUAGAAAAUGUAGUUUUUUCAUUGACUUCUUUAUGUCUUAGGACUGAGCCACAUAUGUUAAGAAUAUGACACUGGGAAACUUAUGUAUCGUUAACAUUGUGUGCCAAGAUUAUUUUUGAAAAGUGGUUUACUUAUAUGUGUGUUUUCUGUUAUUUUAGAUGAAGCAUUUAUUUCAGAAAGGGUUACCAUAUGCCUCGAUAGUUUGAAUGAUAAACUGAAGUCUUUCCUAGAAUGCUAUUAGGGUCUAAUGGUUAUAAAAUAUCUUCUUUGAAACA